AUGUAUUGGAAUUUCAUUUCUAAGCGAGUACUUUAAGAUUUAGAAUCAAUUCCAAAUUCUACUCCUACACACAAAACAAUAAAUGCUUAAACAACUAAAAUCAAUCAUUCAUUUGAAUUAGAUUCUUCGAAUUAGUUUUCAACAAGUAAAAUUAGAUGUUAAUCAACUCAUGAAAUAAGUGAAAAAAUGGUUACUUCUAAAUAUUAAAGAUUUCAUGAUAUAUAAAUUGAAUUUCCUAUGGUUAGAAAAAGAAGACUUGCUAACAUUUUAUCAAACCCUAAUGAUUAUUGCUGUAAAUUAUUAGUUUUCACAUUUUUUAGAAAGAACAAGGCCAGGAAAAAAGGGCACUUUAGCUGGUACAAUCUUAAAAAAAUACAAGGAUAUUCGAUUAUCUAAUUCUAACAAUGAUAAAUUGUUACAAUGUUCCUUUUAAACGUAUUAAAUGAAUCAAAAUUAGAUAAGAUGUCAUUAGUUCUAGAAAAAGUAUUAACAUGAUGCAAAGUUAAAAACAAGUAAUUGAAAGAUAGUCUAAUGACAGCACUUCUCCUAGACUCCCAACAACAAUGAGUCCAAAUACUCCAACAGCUUCAAAAAAAUGUAUUGUUUUUUAUUAUUAAGAAAAUAAAUAUAUCAUUCGUUCUAAACUAGGUUAGUCAGUUGAUUUAGAAAAGAUUAAGCCUCCUCGCUAAUUAUAACCUUUAUCAGAUAAUUAAAGCUGCUCACCUCGAGCAAUUCGAUAAGUAACUGAUAAUACUUAACAUAAAAAAACAACUUCAUCUAAUUCUACAAAUUCAUUAUACGUUAUGAAUAAAGUAUAUGGAAAUACUAGCAAUAAAAAUUUACCUAAAUCAAUAUUCAAAGUUAAAUGA